AUGGACGACGCGUUCAACAUUAUACUUUUCCUCUCCGCCGUCGCACUUCGCUUCGCGUGCGCGCUCGCGACGUACGGGUAUGUGCACCCCGACGAGUAUCAUCAGUCUAACGAAAUCGCCGCUCGCGACGUGUUCAACGUCUCCGCGAACGUUCCGUGGGAGUUUCGCUCGGAAGCGCCUGCGCGAUCGAUCAUCGGGGUGUGGUUGACGAGUGGGAUCCCGUACGCUGCGUCGAGGGCGCUCGGAUUGAGCGCGAGCGCGGUCGCUGUGGCGGCUCCAAGAGUGUUUGCAUGCGCGGCUUCUUGGACAACUGACGCGGCGGUGAUUUCGUGCGCGCGAGCGAUCGGGGCGAACGCGAGGGAGGCUUGGAUGAUGUUUAUCACUUCGUGGGUCGUGCUCGUGAUCUUAGUGCGACCGUUUAGUAACUCUGUGGAGACAUUUGCGAUGGCGGUGUGCGCGCUCGUCGCAACCCACAGAGUUGGCGGGAGAGGGAGCGACGUCGCUCGAUGCGCGGCGAUAGGGGCAAUAGGGUGCGUGGGGGUGUUUGUUCGAUUCACGAGCGCGGUGUACAUCGCGCCCUGGGCGGUGUUCGCAGUGAUGCGGGCGAGGGAGAAGUCGUUGGGUAACGCAGUGGCGGGAGCGCUGAGCGGUGUCUCGGCGGCGUGCGUCGUCGCGGUGGCAUGCGUCGUCGCUGACACUGCUUACUUCAGGGGAGUUCACGUGACGGAUGCAUUCGCGUGGAACCCGAAGAAUUGGAUCGUGACGCCUUGGAAUUCGUUCUCGUACAACGCUCGAGCGGAGAAUUUGGCGCUUCACGGGCUGCAUCCUAGAUAUUUGCACGCCGUGGUCAAUGGACCAAUCAUGUUCGGCCCACUUUGGUUUAGUUUCUUCAGAGACACGCUAUUCGUGUCGCAACGUAAAGCGUCACCGUCGAGCCCGCGGGACGCCUUGCUCGUGCACGCGCUUCAGGCGAGCGUUUUAGUUCCUCUGUUGGCGCUCUCAUUCGCGCCGCACCAAGAGCCGAGAUUUCUUACGCCUAUGACUUUCCCCAUGUGCGUCUUGGCAGCGUUACACCCCACAGAGAAAUUGGGAUCGCGUUGUCGACGAGGUUUUUUCGCGCUCUGGAUCGCGUUCAACGCGAUUCUGACGUGCCUGUUUGGGAUUCUUCACCAAGGCGGCGUGGUCCCAGCUACACAAGCCUUGGCAAAUAUCGAUACGUUCAACGGCUCUCCGAGAGCGAACGCUAUAUUUUGGAAGACUUAUAUGCCCCCGCGCUCAGUUUUAGCGCAAGAACUCGGGCACGAUCGCAUCACCAUCACGGACGUCGCGGGAGCGAGCGUUGAGGACAUGCGAGAGCUUUUGUCCUCCACGGACGCCGGCGAGUGCUCUGUUGAUAUAGACUCCUGCGUUGAUCGAGCCACGAUUCUCAUUGCUCCGGCACUCGCGUUCGAGCGUCUUCGUGAGAUCACUGCCGAUGAUGUGGACUUCGAGCUCGCCUUUGAGCGAUUCCCACAUCUAUCCCUUGACCACCUCGACGAAGUCGGCGAGCGCCUAAGCGCCUCCAAACCCGCCGAGCGAAUCGGCCUCCUUCGACGUGCUCUCUUCCUCACCGCACACGUCGCUCGAAAAAAGAAAUAG